CUCCGAGGUCCGUCUCCUCUUCUGUUAUUGUCAUUGUGGAUAGUUCUCUGAAAACAUCCACUCAAUGUGGUGCAGCAAUCAAAAAAUCUAACGGAAUAUUAGGAACCAUUAGGAAAGGGAUAGAUGAUAAAACAGAAAAUAUCAUAAUGCCACUAUAUAAAUCCAUGGUACUCUUACUUCUUGAAUACUGUGUGCUCUUUUCAUAGAAUCAUAGGACUGGAAGGGACCUCGAAAAGUCAUCUAGUCUAGUCCCCUGCACUCAUGGCAGGACAUUCACAUAAAGAAUCGGACACAUCAGAAAAGGGCAGACAAAUAAACAGUGACAAGUUUUUAAAGUGCUUGUACACAAAUGCUAGAAGUCUAAAUAAUAAGAUGGGUGAACUAGAGUGCCUCGUGAUGAAGGAGGAUAUUGAUAUAAUAGGUAUCACAGAAACCUGGUGGACUGAGGACAAUCAAUGGGACACAAUCAUUCUGGGGUACAAAAUAUAUCGGAAGGACAGAACAGGUCGUGCGGGGGAGGGAAUGGCACUAUAUGUGAAAGAAAAUGUAGAAUCAAAUGAAGUAAAAAUCUUAAGUGAAUUCAUAUGUUCCAUAGAAUCUCUAUGGAUAGUAAUUUCAUGCUCUAAUAAGAAUAUAACAUUAGGGAUCUAUUAUCGACCACCUGACCAGGACGGUGAUAGUGAUGAUGAAAUGCUAAGGGAAAUUAGAGAGGCUAUCAAAAUUAAGAACUCAGUAAUAGUGGGGGAUUUCAAUUAUCCCCAUAUAGACUGGGAACAUGUCACCUCAGGACGAAAUGCAGAGUCAAAAUUUCUCGAUACUUUAAAUGACUGCUUCUUGGAGCAGCUGGUACGGGAACCCACAAGGGGAGAGGCAACUCUAGAUUUAGUCCUGAGUGGAGCGCAGGAGCUGGUCCAAGAGGUAACUAUAACAGGACUGCUUGGAAAUAGUGACCAAAAUACAAUAGCAUUCAACAUCCCUAUGGUGGGAAGAACACCUCAACAGCCCAACACUGUGGCAUUUAAUUUCAAAAAGGGGAACUAUGCAAAAAUGAGGGGGUUAGUUAAACAGAAAUUAAAAGGUACAGUGACUAAAGCGAAAUCCCUGCAAGCUGCAUGGGUGCUUUUUAAAGACACCAUAAUAGAGGCCCAACUUAAAUGUAUACCCCAAAUUAAGAAACACAGUAAAAGAACUAAAAAAGAGCCACCGUGGCUUAACAACCAUGUAAAAGAAGCAGUGAGAGAGAAAAAGACUUCCUUUAAAAAGUGGAAGUCAAAUUCUAGUGAGGUAAAUAGAAAGGAGCAUAAACACUGCCAAAUUAAGUGUAAAAAUGUAAUAAGAAAAGCCAAAGAGGAGUUUGAAAAACGGCUAGCCAAAAACUCAAAAGGUAAUAACAAAAUGUUUUUGAAGUACAUCAGAAGCAGGAAGCCUGUUAAACAACCAGUGGGGUCCCUUGAUGAUCGAGAUACAAAAGGAGCGCUUAAAGACGAUAAAGUCAUUGUGGAUGUAAGCAGAGUCAGGAUGAGCUCUACCCUGACAUCUGGUGGUGAAUUAUGGCGAGUGUGGAAAAGAACUCCAGGGGCUGAUCUGGUUUGCAUAGGCACACCCACCCGCCUGGCAUGAAACAACAGCAACUGAAAGUGGUUACUUUGGCUGGGGUGGGAUCCCCAGUUUCUCUGUUAUUGGGGCAGGAAGAAUAAAGUUUUGUUACCCUGAUUCUGUGAAUCAAGGCCAGUGGAACUGUUGUAUGACAGAAGGACUGAGUGAGUCCUUCACCAUUACCUAAAUAGCACUUGCUUGACAAGGGGCAUGGGUUACAAAACUCAGGGAAUUGAAAGAGGAUGGGGACAGGUAUUUGUACCUGAUGGUAUGGCUGCCCUCUCUCCCUCUGAGGGCUUGAAACACCAAUUGCACCACCUCCUCUCUCCACUGUUGAAUGUCAGAGCUAACUUUGAUUCCAUUAGGAGUCUAGUUACAGGCUGCUGAGCUGAAUUCACUUUGGGCCAAUGGUGCACCAGCACUGGGGCUCCCCUACUCUGAGCUGAAAUCACAAAAGAGUUAAAGUUAUAAAGUGCUGUGUUAGCUAGUGGGGGAGCCUGAAGCUAUAUUGCUAAGCAGCUGGCGGAGCAAUUUGUGGGGAUGACUGGAGGAGCAGCGAGCGGUGCAGAGCCUUGCGGGGACGGUUGGAGCGGCCCAAGGAAUGGUGAGUGGAGCUGUUUGCGGGGAUGGCUGGAGCGGCUCACAAGUCGGUGAGCGGAGCGGAGCAGCUUGUAGAGCGGAGCGGUUUGUGGGACGGCAGGAAGUGGACUGGCUCGUGGUGAAGGCUGCGGCGGAACCCCACGGAGAGACGGCCAGCCUUGGAUCACGGCUAGAGACACCAAACUGAAAACAGAGAUCCCCUGGGGCUGCCUCUUGGGUCCACCCUGAAAGAGACUUUGAAUUGACAGAUCACUAAAACUCUGGCACUCUUAGGAUUUAGAUAACUCAUUUUUUCAUGUCCACGUACAGCCAUCUACUGCUACCAGUUACUCCAUUAGCGUAUGUCAUAAUGGACUAUGCUUUGGCUUUAAAGAUCGCAACUCUGCUGA